UAUCAAACCUAAAACCAACUACUGCGGUUUAAUUCAUACACAGGAUUUUACAAAAAAAAUUAUGCAGCAACAUAGUAGGCUAUAGAAAAAUAAAUUGCGUUAAUUCUUAAAUUUAUUUAUCUCACAUCCAUCCUCACUGGAAAAAGGACCCGCAGUUGCUGGAAAUAAUGUGCCUGUUGUGUUAAUUUUCCCACUCGCGACACGUCUUAGCGUGGGAGAAAUAUCCUAAUCUUUGGAGAGGCGGCCCUGAGUCGUGACGUCCUGGCGCGUCAACAUCAUCUGCUAUAAUCAGCCUACGCCUGUGGUGAUUCCCAAUUCGCAAGGGUUUAACUAUAAUCGUAUCCGCUGUACUUCUAAAUAUACAUCUUGACACAUCACAACCAGGCGUUAGGACAGAACAGCAGAAUUCCAGCCGGAAUCAUGUCUGUAGCCGGACUGAAAAAGCAAUUUCACAAAGCCACUCAGAAAGUUAGUGAGAAGGUUGGAGGGGCAGAAGGAACUAAAUUAGAUGAAGACUUUACGGAAAUGGAAAAGAAAGUUGACACCACGACAAGGGCCGUGUUGGAAAUUAUGACCAAGACAACAGAGUAUCUGCAGCCGAAUCCAGCAACUCGUGCUAAAAUGAGUAUGAUGAGCUCCAUGUCUAAAAUCCGAGGAGGAGAUAAAGGUCCUGGCUACACACAGACUGAAACCAUCCUGGCUGAGUCCAUGCAAAGGUUUGGCAGGGAACUUGGAGAGGAAUCCAACUUCGGUCUGGCUUUGAUUGACGCUGGAGAAGCCAUGCGAGAGCUUGGUGAAGUUAAAGAUGCUUUAGAUAUGGAGGUCAAGCAGAACUUUAUUGAUCCCUUGCAGAAUAUCCAUGAUAAAGACUUAAGAGAGAUCCAGCAUCACCUGAAGAAGCUGGAAGGUCGAAGGUUGGACUUUGACUAUAAGAAGAAAAGGCAAGGCAAAGUGACAGAUGAUGAGCUCAAACAGGCACUGGAGAAGUUUGACGAUUCGAAGGAAAUAGCAGAACAAAGCAUGUUUAACAUUCUAGAAAGUGAUAUCGAACAGGUGAGUCAGCUUGCUGCUCUGGUUCAAGCUCAGGUGAACUACCACAGACAGGCCACAGAGAUCCUUCAGAAGCUGUCCAGCAAGAUAGAGGACAGAAUAGCAGAAGCUUCCUGUAAGCCAAGAAAAGAGUAUGUUCCCAAACCUCGCACCUCCGUAGAUUUAAGUGAAAACCAUAAUGGGAAUAUUGGCCACAGUGGCCCAUCCAGGUCACCAGCUCCAAUGGACCAGCCUUGUUGUCGGGCACUUUAUGAUUUUGAUGCUGAAAAUGAGGGUGAGCUGGGAUUCAAAGAAGGAGACAUCAUCACCUUAACCAACAAGAUUGAUGAGAACUGGUAUGAAGGAAUGGUCAGUGGGCAGUCUGGCUUCUUCCCGGUCAACUAUGUAGAUGUCCUUGUAGCUUUGCCCCACUAAGUCCUAUGCAUGUGGUCUUAUCAUUACUGUACCUGAAAAAUAUUAUUGCUUCUUCUGUAAGAGAAGAAAACAGCCAAAAUAAACAGCACAAAAAGCCCUAUUGUUGUUUAUUUGCAUAGAAAAUGAACAAGGAAGACUUUUGGGUUGCCCUUCCCUACAUAUUAUUUCUGGUUGCGUUGGAAUGCUACCACUUUACUGUAUUAUUUACUUACUUAAAACUUUUUUUGAGAUUCACCUGAUAUCUGCUUUGCCUGCUGCUAUGUAUCCUAAAUGUUCUGAUUGUUGUCCGAGUGCAUUUUUGCCUGUUUCCAAUGUUAACAACAAACCAUGAUUUGCUCUCCUUACUGUGUGUGUGUGUGUGCGUGCAUGUGUGCGCGUGUGUGUGUGACUAUAAAUAUGCUUGGGUUGAGUCUGAUACCUGUAAUCUAAAUCAAUGGAAAUGCAUAUAAUUUAUUAAAAAAAAUUUCAUGUAAAGUAUGCAAGUUCUGAACCAGCCGUGAAAAAAAAUUAUUAGAAUAUGAAAGACUUUUUAUGUUUUCCUAAAAGAGGUUUUCAAACUUAAGCCAAUGUUGCUAUAAGUCAGCAGAUCCGUUUUCAAAAAGCAACAAAUGUUAAGCCGUUUAUUGGUUUAUUUCUGUAAAGAGUGUUAAGUAUUUUAAAACAAAGGAAUGACACACAUCACCUUUAAUUACAUUUAAUAAAAAAAUUAGGUGCAUUUCUGGUUGUAAAUGAUGUACAAUUAUGUGAAUGAUUUUAAACUGAUAGUAUAUGUAUACACCUGCAUUCAAAGAUUAAAGUUUGAAAAAGUUAUUUAGGUAAUGUUCUAUUUAUUAAUAUUAAAUGGAAGAUCCCUUUUGUUGAAAAUCAGAAUCAUAGUGUAAAUUAACAGAAAAUAUUUCUUUAUUUUCCUCGGUGAGCUCUGUACAGCCUUUUUUGUGUUUUAUUUCCAUUUUGUGUGUAGUCAUGUAAUUGUAGUUACAUAUGUUACAUUUGGAUAAGUGUUACAGAAUAUACUUGCAGAUAAGAAACAGGCACUUAAUAUUUAUUCUUAUUUACUAAAGGAGUAUUUAGGGAUAAAGUCCUACAUAUCAUCUCCUUAUCAGCAUGCAUUUUGAAUGAAUUCUAAAUGACAGGCCUGUACUGAAGAAAGGGAAAAAAUGAACUACAAUAAAUGCAAUAAAUUAAUGCUGCAUGCGGUCUAUGUGUAUUUUAUUUGACAGCCAGUAGGUGAUGCUGCCUCAAAACAGACUAAACAGACUCAGAAGCCAUUGUGUCUAAAAGCAAAUUCACACUUGAUCUAAAAAACAUUUGUUGGUUAAGUGUGAAUAAGAUUGCUGUUGUUUGGUGUUUGUUGGAUCAGUGUGAAUUUAGUAUUAAUGUGUGUAUACAUUAACUAAACAAAAGACUUGAAUAUUUUGUGAAAUUUACAUUAUUUGCCAAGAUUUUAAGUUUUUUAAUGUCAACUAAAUGAUGAAAUUGUAUCCCACUUGCUUACCCAUUAUUUAGUUACACUUAUGUUGAGGUAUAACAUGCAGUUUUAUUUAGGUUGCACUUUCUUUUUACAAAUUCAUUAAUUUGUAGCUACAUGUCAACUAACUCUCCUUACAAUAUUAGUAAACUGUUAGGGGUAUACUCUAAAAACAAACAGUGCUAAAUAGCAUUAAAAGUGUUUCAUUGGCUCGUAAUCAUAUGGGAUGCAUUUUAAGCACUUAUGUAGUACCUGUGUAGUACCUGUGUAGAACCAUAUUGCGCUAUAUAGAACCAUAUUUGGUGCUAUAGUGGUGCUAUAUAACCUCCAGAUGGUGCUUUAUAGGUGCUAUAUAGCACUAAAAAUGGUUCCCCUAUGAUUACAAGCUUUUAGUGCUAUUAAGCACAAAUUUUUGAGUGUAUGGUUAUGAAAUUGGUUAGGGUUAGUAGAUGUAAGAUGUCUAAAGUGGACUGUUGAUUUGUUUGUGGUUCAUGUUUACUUCAAGCUAUCAGACAUGGAACCAAAAAAACGUACAAAACCAUCAAUAAAAAAUCAAUUUCCAUGCAAUUGAAAUUGAAUGCCAUAUUUCCAUUUUCUCAGGAAGACCAUAAGACUUAUAUUCGGUCAGAUUUCUUUAUUAUAUUAUCAUAUAUGCCAUAUGUAUACAGCCAUUAUAAAGUGUAUUUAGAGUGUAAAAUGACAUUUUCAUAUUGAAAUUAAGACAUAUUCAGAAAAAAGACAGCAAUAUCUGCACAGUGAAUCAACAGGUUCAGAAGAUAUUUAUCAACGUUUUGUUGUCAGGCGAAUAAAUAUCUUUUAGAGCUGAGAAUUAAAUAUGUUGACAUUGUUCUCUUUAAAUUGAUUAUGACCUUUUUGUCUGGCACCUGAGCCCAAUUAGGGUUUUGGAUUUGCAACUUUUUUGUAUUUUUAAAUCAUGACAAUUUAACCUUACCUUUAUUGGUCAAUCACAACAUUUCAAGGUCUGUCAAAAUGACUUGCCAAAAACUGAUAACACAUCAUUCAUUUGGGUAUUGCAAGUCAUUUUGACUAUAUGUCAAUGUAUCACUUAUACCUAUAUGUUUAAUGUAUCAAAUGAGCUAAUAAAACACUUUGUGGUC